ACGACAAUCCCAUCGAACUGAUUGAAGAUAACGCUUUUUCUCAUAUGGCACCAAUCUCAAAUAUAUAUUUUAGGUGUGAAAGCCUAUUGAAGAUCCCUCCAAUAUUGUCAAGAAACAUAAAUGCCUAUUGUGUGAAAAAUACAACUAAAAUAAUAUUUGAUUUCCAAGCUGUGCGUCUUAUAACCUUAAAUGGAAUGAUAUGUGAUAGGUCUCAAUGCACGCCUUGCAAACAAGGACACUUUGGAACGGAUAAGAAGAACGUGUGCUUCGCAUGUCCACCAGGUGGUUUCUACCAAGAUCAGCUAGGAAGUUAUACGCCAGAUCACAUGCAUUACAGUAGUAACUGUAAAAGAUGUCCAAUUGGAACUUAUUCACCGAGUGCUGGUGCUGGCUCAAUUGCUGAUUGUCAAACUUGUCCAGCUGGAACAAAGACUGACCAAUUGGCGAAUCUUAAUUCCUGCGAUUGUCUUAAGAAUUUUCAUCGAACUGAACGAUACGGCUCAUGCCAACUCUGCCCUGAAGGUAUCAACUGCACAAAAGGUUUUCAGACAUUGAUUGAUGGUUACUGGUGGUGUUGGGACUUCCCUGCAAAUUUUGGGAGUAAAGAGGAAUAUAAAAACUUUAUUGAACAGAUAAGUGGAAAUAUCGUUAAUGAAAGCAAUCCAAAUGACUUGAAGAAUACCAAAUACAAUGGAAUAUUACCCGCAUGCCAUAAAUGCCCACGAUCAAAAAGUUGCAAUGGCGGCAGUAUCAAUGCCAGCUGUUCGGAGGGUUAUUCUGGCUGGUUAUGUGCAGCAUGCAGUCCUAACUAUUACGAAUUAUUCAACAGUUGCUAUAAAUGCCAACAUACUGCUGUUAUCAUCAUUGAAUUUGUUGUAGUCAUGGUCGUAUUCUCAGGUAUUGGAUAUGUAGUGUGGAAAUUGGAAAAACAAGGAAGAGGUAGAAAUAGGCCUAUAAACCACAUGGAUUCUUUUGUGACACAUAUAAAGAUCGCUAUUAAUUUCUAUCAAAUUCUUGGAAUACUAGCUCAAGUGAAUGAAAUUCAUUGGCCGAAUGAUUUCCAAUCAGUUGGAGAAAGUCUUCAAUAUCUAGACGUUAUACGCUAUAUCAAUAUUCUAAGCCCAAAAUGUAUAUUUUACAAUUCUUGGGACGCGUAUAUGCUUCUCUAUAUUGCAAUAGCCACACCCUUCAUCAUCAUGUUUUUGACAGCUGGUGCAUUCCUUACUUGGCACGUCGCCAAUCGAUGCAGGGGCGAUUAUUCGGUCCAUCAUCUUAAAGAUAAGUGCUUGUCCAUCGCAGUUUUGAUGUUGUACUUGACAUACGCAAACACUUGCACCAAUAUCAUGGCGGUAGGACCGUGGUCUAUUCGUAUAUUUGAUGUAACAGCAGAUGGAAAAUACACAAAAGAAGUAUUAACUUCUGACUACUCCAUCGACGUUGGAUUCAACAAUGGUUCCGUGUAUAAUACCAACAAGAACAUUGUUUAUUGUUCUUUGGUUUACGUGGUCGGAUUUCCAUUUUCUGUUGUCAUCAUAUUAUACUAUAAAUACAUACGGCACAGGCGCAUUGAAGACGGACGACAUAGAAUUAUGGGACUGAAGUUCUUCUGUAGACAAUACAACAGCAAGUUCUGGUAUUGGGAAAUAUUUGAGAUGUACAACAAAGCAAUUCUCGCCCUCAUCGCCAACUUCAAGGACGACCAAUCUUCAAACCUGUCUUAUUCGCUAUUUGUCACUGUCAUUCUCAUUGCUUUACACCUGUACCUUGAACCAAUGAAGGUUAAAUCAGAUCAGAGGUUCCAGUUGUUGACAUUGAUCUUUAUAAUUGUCAACUUGUCGGUUGGCGCGAUUGUUGAUUUGGAUGAGACAUUGUACACUGCAGACCACACGAUUGCUGUACUUCAUGAUAUUACACCGUUUAUUCUUCUGCUUCUCAACUUAUCCAUUCUUUUUAUGGUUUUCGUUGAAUUACUCAAGAAUAUCAAAGAAAAUAUCUGGAAAGAACUCCGUAACCACAGUGAGCUGACAGAUUAUCCCAGUUAUAUAGAUUUGGAUGUUGAUAACCAUCAAGAACAAGCUAUAUUACUAAACGCAGCAUCUUCUGGCAACUCAUCAACAUCACGCGUGAUAUGAUUACAUCUGAAUUAUUCUUACAUGAAAAUAGUAGCACAGCGCUAUGCGCUAUGUCUAAAAUGUGUAAUUUUGUAGUUGUUUGCAUAGUGUCCUAAAUAGGAGGAUGCAUUUCCACUAUGACAAU